UGUUGAAUGCCUAGAGACUAUGGCUCAGAUGCAUUUAUAUUUAGUUGAAAAUGCCAAAUCAGAACUUAAUUAUAUUGAUCCAAAUAUUUGUCAAGAGGAUUUCUUAUUAGUGUUCAACAAAAUCACAAUAUCUAUAAAAAACAAUAUUGAUUUAUUUAAUGAAAAAGAUUCAUUUUCUUUCCUAAAAGAACUUAUAAUAAAAGAAGUUUUCAGAAGAAUCAGAUGA